AUGGAGGACAUUGAGACGCACUUGGCCUCCUUCCGACUGGCCGUCAAGGAGGCUGGCGACAGCGUUCGUCAGCUGAAGGCCGACAAGGCGCCGAAGAUUGAUGUCGACCGCGCCGUCACGAUUCUGAAGGCCCGCAAGAAGGAGCUGGAGGAAGCGGAAAUUCGGCUGGCCCCGAAGGAGAUUGACCGCGGAAAGUUGGAGACCCUGCUGAAGCAACGUUUCUUCUACGACCAGUCAUUCCAGAUUUACGGUGGUGUCACCGGCUUGUACGAUUUCGGUCCGAUGGGCUGUGCGCUGAAGCAGAACAUGCUAAAUGAAUGGCGCAAGCACUUCAUCCUGGAGGAAGGGAUGCUCGAAGUCGAUUGCACAUCGCUUACCCCGGAGGUUGUCUUGAAGGCGUCUGGCCACGUUGACCGAUUCGCCGACUGGAUGGUCAAGGAUUUGAAAACCGGCGACCCGCACCGUUGCGAUCAUUUGAUCAAGAACGCCGCCGAAGCUAUGAUUGCAAGCAAGAAGACGCCCGAACCGGUGAAGGAAGAGCUGCGCGAGAUUUUGGCGCGCCUUGACGGAUUCGACAACAACGAUAUGCAAGCCGUCCUCGUGAAGUACAAUAUGAAGUCACCCGCCGGCAAUGAUCUCACCGAGCCUAUCGCGUUUAAUUUGAUGUUCCCGACCCAGAUAGGCCCAACUGGUGAUCAGCGUGCGUUCCUCCGCCCGGAAACCGCCCAGGGUAUCUUUGUCAACUUCAAGCGCCUGCUCGAGUUCAACAUGGGCCGUGUCCCGUUCGCUGCCGCCCAGAUCGGCAACGGCUUUCGCAAUGAGAUAUCUCCACGCCAGGGUCUCAUCCGGGUCCGCGAGUUCACCAUGUGCGAGAUCGAGCACUUUGUCGACCCCACCGACAAAUCUUGCGCCAAAUUUGCCAAGGUUCGCAACUAUGUGCUCACCCUCUUCACCGCCAACGAUCAAAUGAACGGUUCGGCACCGAUCCAGAUUCCGAUUGGUGAAGCCGUCGAUAAGAAAAUUGUCGAUAACGAAACGCUUGGCUACUAUAUGGCCCGCUGCCAUAUGUAUCUGCUGAAGGUCGGUGUCGACCCGAAACGCCUCCGUUUCCGCCAGCACAUGGAUAACGAGAUGGCCCAUUAUGCUCAGGACUGUUGGGAUGCCGAAAUCAAGACCAGCUACGGCUGGAUCGAGGAAGCGAAUGGCAAGCUGACGAUCACCGUUGAUGGCGAAUCUUUCGAGCUGUCCAAGGAGAUGCUCUCGUUUUCGCGUGAAGAGAAAAAGAUCUGCAUCGAAGAAUUCACGCCCUCGGUCAUCGAGCCGUCCUACGGUAUCGGGCGCAUUAUGUAUGCCGUGCUGGAGCAUGCAUUCCGCCAGCGCGAAGGUGAUGAGCAGCGUCAGUUCUUGGCCCUUCCGCCGAUCGUCGCCCCCAUCAAGUGCUCGAUUCUGCCGAUAUCCGCCCAGACGCAGCUGGUCGAGAUAAUCGAGGCCGUCAAGGACAACUUGCGCGCCCAUGAGCUCUCGUUCCGCGUGGAUGACUCGGCUGGUUCGAUCGGUCGGCGCUACGCCCGUACCGACGAGAUCGGCAUCCCGUUCGGUGUGACCGUCGACUUUGAGAGCGAGAAGCUUCCCUGGACUGUCACCCUGCGUCACGCCGAGUCCUUGAGGCAAAUUCGUCUAAAGGUCGAGGAGGUCGGCGAGACUGUCGAAGCUCUGGUGCGCGGGCGUUUGAGCUGGGAGCAGGCCGAGGAUCAAUCAACAUUCCUCGAGGUCCAAAAAGCCUAUCCCACCAUCACGCGUGAGCGCAUCGGGCGCGCCAUCUGCCAGCUGCGCCGCGAUUUCGGCAAGUGGUUCGCCACCCGCCACGGCGGAAACCUGCUCGACCAGCUCGCCGGCGUCGUUGACGAUCAGCUGUCGAAUUCUGAUGGCGACGCGGUGCACCUUGGCUCUGGGAUGCCGUCGGUGUUGGUGCACGGGGAUCUGUGGACGAACAACUUGCUGUGGGCGUUGAACGGGCAGCGAGGGGAUACCGAUCAACUGUUGGCUAUCAUUGAUUGGCAGAAUGUGCACGCGGGUAACGUGGCCGAGGACUUUGUACGUCUACUCGGCUCCUCGUGCUCCCCACGGUUGCGUCGUGGCGGGUUGCACCGUUUCGUCUCGCACUAUCUUUCCUGUCUGUCGCUGGAGAUGAGGCGCAAAGGACAUUUCGCGCUCCCAUACACGCAUCAACAGAUCGUCGCCGCGUAUGAGAAGAUGUUUGGCCAGGGGCUCCUCAUCAUGCUGCCGUCGUUGAACGCGUGCGCGGAUGAGGGGAACGGGCUGCUCGGCGAGGAGAAUCGACAGGAGCGGCAGGCUGUGGUGCUGGAACGUACGCGGGCCCUCAUCGACGACUUCUUCGCCUUCCGCGCCAAGAAUACGACUCGA